UUUUGAUUCUUUGCUUUUUUUUUUUGCUUUUGAAGCUGUGCUGCGCAAUGGAUGAUGACAAUGCGGACGAGGUCGAUCUGCUCGAGAUUGACGACGCGUUCGAUGCAGCCGUCGUCCAGCUCAGUGCGACUAGCACAACAACACCACGGCAUCAUCAUGCUGCUGCUGCUCUGAACACACAUCCAGAGCCCGCUGCUGCUGCUGCUGCUGCUGCUGCAACUGAAUCCGCAUUCAUCCACUUUCCCGCCAAAACCGCUUCAACGACUCCUAUCGCUGCUACUGCGACUCCUACCACUGGCACAGCCGCCGCUCAGAGUGGAGCGCAGAUGACUGCACGAGUGAACGCGAGAUCAGACGCAGUGCCCAUGCCAGAGCCGCAGCAGCAGCAGCGCCAUGCUUGGAGCCAGCCAAGGCAGAUGUUGCAAGCACCGAGCCAGCCCACCAGCAGCAGCAAGCCCGCGACCGCCGCCGCCACCAGUGCCAGUGCCAGUGCCAGUAGCGGCAACCACGCGAGUGCACACAAUGCGGCUACUGCGAUGGCGCCAAUGCCAUCCGCUGCUGCUUCUGUUGCUGCACCAAAGGCAGUCACAGUGAGGAGAUUCCCAGGUCCUGCAGGCCAGUUGCCCCCGCUGCGCAACAACCAGGUGCUGUCAGACGCAGUCGUCGUCUUGCGCUAUCAGCAUAGCAGCGACGCGUCAGAAGCCGGUGGAAAUGGACCCGACCAGGCGGAUCGCCGCUUGGGCCAAGCCGGAAAACCCGGCAUCGAGCUCCCAAGCACACAAGCAUUCACGCUCUCCCAAGCAAUGCCUUCCUCGCAACAACUUGCUGCCGAGGACGACGAGUUUACUCGAGGGGCUUGGCAGACCAUGCUCUGCGAGUCUGCCGAAUCAGCUUCUGAGUACUACGAGUUAACAGCAGACUUUAACUUGCAGUUUGCCAAACGGUUUGGUUACGAUCACAAAAUCCCCUUCCUAGUUGUCCUGCUUAAAAAUUACAAUCCGCUCGACGUAGAUGCCAGCGUGACCCUCAAGGAUCCCACAGGCGAAAUGUCCGGCACAAUUCACCACAAAGUUCUCGAAGAAUUCGGCUCCUUGAUAAGCGCUGGAGCGGUUUUGAUAUUAAAAGAUGUAUCGGUUUUUAGUCCAACGCCUCGAACACAACACUUGAACGUAACACUUAAGAAUAUUGUCCGGAUAUUCUGCUCGGAACGCGACUAUCCAUCGCAAGAUGGCAAGAAACCACCGGGAAAUGACAGAUUUGUGGAGCCGGCAAUAUGGAAUGGAAUUCUACAAGGGUUGUUUGACGUUGCGCGAGCUGCAAAGGCAGAGCUGGAACGCACGGAAGCCGACCAGCAACGCCAACGACAAGAACGUGAACGGCAGCAGCUUCAGCAAGCGAGCCGGCAAAAACAACAGCAGCAGCAGCAGCAGCAGCAAAAUGCUCAGCGUAAAGCAAUAACACAACAAACAGGUGGUGCCCGAGAGGCGUCCGCAUUGCACCAGCAGGCAGCGCGGCCAUUCACUGCUCCGCAUCCGCGUCCGACGGUGCCGCAGCCUCCAUCUUCGCCAGCUCGCCCACCCCAGGCAUCGCUCGUUCAGCAGCGCCCUGCACUUCCACAGCAGCAGCAGCAGCAGCAGCAUCCUCAACCACCGCCACCAGCUGCAAACCCCGCUGUGCCUCACACUCCAACCACGCGCCCGUCCGGCCAAUCCUCGCUGUUUGCCACAGCAGCCGCAGGGUCACCCGCUUCAGUACCAACGGGACCACAUGUUCAACCUAGGUCGGCGUUUAGCACGGGAACCAGUGGGCAAUCUUCGCUGAUGGGAGCGGCUCAAGCAUUGAUGGCGGAAAGCCGAACGGAUCAUUCCACACCCGCGGCCCUUGCGCCUCUUCAUCAAGCAGCACCUCGCCAAGCUUUGGUGCUCGACGACGAAUUUGAUCUGGCUGAUGACGAUCUUGACGAUUCUGUGCUCGCUCUGGUGGAUGUACCGGCUGGCAAUGUUUCUUCCCACAAUGGCGAUACAACCGACCUGCGUCCUCGAGAAGAGUUGAAACGCUCGCGGCUCUCGUCGUGACAUUGAGCGUGUGUUGGUUUGUGUGAUUUUGUGCUGGCUUGAGGGUCGAGUGGGA